AUGUUCGCCAAAACUAUCCUCGCCGCUCUUCUCGCCAUCGUCGCAUUGUUCGGCGCCUCUGAGGCUCAAUAUGUCUACCCAGCCUAUUCGGCUGCCUACGCCUAUCCAUCAUACUAUGGAGCCGCCGCCUAUUCGCCAUACUACGCCGCCGCCGCUUAUCCAGCCUAUUACGGAUGGGGAUCGAACAAGGGAGCCGCCGGUGCCGGAAAGCCGUUCGCCGCCGCGGGACCACAAAAGUUGACGAACAACCAGAAGGGGGAAUUCGCGGGAAAUUUUGCGGACGCUGGAUAUGACGACUGUAUUCUUGAUUGUCUGUUCACGGAAGGGUGCGACUAUAACGGAACUGACGAGACCAUGGAAAUGCUGCCAAAAGAUAAUGUUUUCAGUGUUUGUCAGGAAUGGAAUAAUGGAACGCGACAUCUACGCAUUCCAGGAAAAACUGAUCGAAGAUUAUUGCCAACCAAUAUCAACAACGUUCUGUACGUCCUGUUUAGGAGAAAUUCCCAGUGUCAGAAUUUCUUGUUCGAAUCAACAAUGCAGUAA